UCAGUCAGUGGUUAGCUCAGCUUAGUUCGCGUACCGAGGUCUACUACAUACAUUCUAGUGCGCGAGGCCGACUUCAUACGCGUCCGUGUUUUGUUUUGGUUUAUACAUAAUCUCGCUAUCGACCGUGAUUCUUUGUUUUUGUUCUAUUAUUGAAAUACCCGAAAUGGGAAACAAAUUAUGUAAAAAGAAAUCACAGGACGCUGUGGAUAAUACAAAUAAAUCAACGUCACAGUUUGAUAGGAUAAUCAAUAGAUUACACAUUCGGCCUAAUUCAUGGAAAUCCGAUCCGCAGUUGAACCAGAAACAAGUCAAAAGAAUCGAGAAGAAUCCAAAUCAAAAACCAAACAAUGUGAUAACCUCGAAACUAAUUUCGAAAUCAUCCGAUUGGACUGAAGUAGAUCUUCAAGUACCUGACAAAGAAGAUCAUGUUCACCUUCCGAAUCCGAAACUUAAUUUAAUAUUCAAUAACGAAAAAGGAACCCCCACGCCGCCUCCUAGAAAACAUAAAAAAAAUUUACGAGAAAAACUUGAAGCCGUGGCAAAAACGGGAUUACAGGCGUUCCAGUCAAAAAAACAGGUUGAGAAUGUACCCAAACAACAAGUCGAAGUUGAAGAGCCAGUUUUUGUUAAAAAGACUAUAAACUACAAGUGCCCAAUUUGUGAUGCAGACGAAUCAUCUCAUAAUCGCGAUCAUCAUCAUCAUCACGUCCAUAAUCAUACCAUUGAUAACGACAAAAGCAAGAGUGGAAUGAAUAACAAACUAAAUAACAUCAGUGAUAAUAGAGGAAGUUUGAAAAGGAAGAAAAACUUAUCAGUUACUUCACUUCCAAAUUAUGACGAAUUGAAGUUAACUGUGGCAGAAUUUGACGAUAGUGAUAAAGGAAUAUCUGUACUAAAGCCCGGAAAAGAUAUGCAUCCCUCAGAAAUUUCGUUACCAAUUGAUCACAAGAAAACGCCAGCUGGUUCUACAGGAAAAUUGGAUACGUAUAUAACUCGUUGUCGAAGUUUUGGAUCAAUUUUUCCUCAAAAAUUAAAAAAAUUACGACCUCGAAAAACACCGACCGACAUCGAAAGCGAUGACUCUUUUGGCGGUUUGGAAGAUUGGGAUUUGGGUUUAAUUGAACAUUAUAAUCCAAAAGAUGCAAGUUUACCGAGACCCAGGAAACUUCCGAGAAACGAUGAUGCGUUGUUAGCAGACAUAGAGAGUAUGAUAGUAACAGAAGAAGAAAUAGAAAAAGAAACGCCCAAGCCGAAGCCACGGAAAACAGAGUCUUUGGUGAAGAAAAUUAAUAGAGAAGCAUCAGAAGAGGCCCAUAAAAGAUCUACUGAGUUUCUUACUGCUACAAAUGCGACUGCUGAAACUAUCACACCCCCUCCUUCUCCUAUACCAGAGCCUUUACGAAAAACUCCCGCUAAGUUACCGGCCGAAAAAGACGAUAAGGUAGAGCAUUCAAAUUUAAUAAAAAUUUUAGAGAAGUUUAGUAUGGAAAAUAAACAAAAUAAAAAUAAGAACGAAAAUAAUUUACCAAAGAAUAGCAGCAGUAAUGAAUCUUCUCUGACACCUUCGUUAGUGGAAUUUGAAAAAAACUUGGCCAAUUCUGUUGAAGACUGCAUCAAAGCGGAAAAUAUAAACAAAAAUAUUGAUGAUAAGAACUUGAAUAAUAACGAGAAGAAAAUUGUUAAGGAAAUUAUAACUUGAAACAUUCACAUUUAAAAUAAGCGCCUUAAUUAUUUUUUAUAUGAUCAGAUGUAAAUAUGAUUCAUUUAUUUAUAAUCAAAUGUACAUAUUUUGUUAUUGAACGGGGUAUUUCGUAAGAAAAUCAAAUGAAAAUGAUGAUGCAAAUGGUUGAAAAACCAUCAUAAUGAGUUAAUAUGUUGAGGCGUGAGCUUAGUAAAAACUGGAUUCAAAAUUUGGAAAAUUGUAAGCUGCAGAAACGCGUCAUUCUUUAUCAUCAUUAACAGUUAUAAUUGGUAAGACUUCUACAGCAAACAUCAUCACACAUCAGUUGGUUGCGGUCUGCUAAGUUCCAUAUUCUACUUUAUACAGAGGAAGAAUAGGUACAGGGGCGCAAAGGGUACAAUGGGAAAAAGUACUUAAAACAUUAUUAAUGAUUAGAUACCACCUACAUUUAGCAUCGAGUAAAAAAUUAACAAAUGCCACUCCACGUUUUGUUGGGUUAUACAUCAUAACCAUUUCUGGUUCACCUGUUGCCUUGUCCAAAUAAUCAUCAUAGUUUCUAUUUGAGAUGAGUGAAUGGCGUUGGAAUGUAUGAAAACAUUGAGCAGUUUAUUCGUAAAACUAACAUUGAUGUCAUUUCUGAACAUAUUGAUGGGUUACUGAAUCGAAAAAGAAACUCCCUCUCAUUUUCCCGAUUUUUCAACAUGGUAAGCCUAAAGUAGGCUUUUAAAUCAUUAAUAAUGUCUAUAUUUGUAAACCAGAUAUAAAUUUCUACUAGUUCUCCGAAUCGGUCAUGACAGCCUUUCCACUACUUUCCUCCUUCAAUAACUGCCUCUUACGAAUUCCAUUAUUUUGUUGAUUUUUCAACAAUAACAUCCAACAUGUAAACAGGAAAGAAAUAGCUCCAUAUAUAUUGUUUGGAUUUAUCAAACCUCUAGUGGCGGUUUUAGACCUACGAAAAUGGUUUACAAUAUUAUAUAACCGGGUCCUAACAUUCUGGGCUGGUACAUCUUUUUCCCGUUUAGUAUUGUUAUUUUCUUCCUAAAAAAUAUACUGAUAGCUCAUCUCUUUUAUAUCUGCUUCCGUAUCUGUAUCCAAAUCUUCUUUAGUUUCUCUAUCAUCUUCUUUCUUCUGGCUCAUUGAAAACAACAGGUUUAUCGCUUUGACAAAAUUCGAAACAUUGUUUCAUUAACCGCUGAAGACGUUCCUGCUAUUUAUGAACGCACAAAUUGAUACUUGGUGGAGUCAAUAAGAUACUGUUUGUGGAGAGAUACUGAGAUCUUAAGAGGGUUGAAAUUCAGUCAAUCAUUUUGUUAAAGAACGUGGUGAAUCAUAUAAUAAGCAGACACUUACAGUGAAAGUCUUGUUCAUAAAAAUAAUAAUAUAACACAACUGUUUCACGCGCAUGAGUUCCGGCACACAUAUACGAGCCACACUAUUUUGGUGAGUCUUCGAAUUUGCUGUUUAGAGAUGGACACACUUUUUCAGCUUACCUCCCAUUUAAGAUGGUUCUCCUUAUCUCUACACUGCUUACUUCCAGACUGUUUGUAACUAUUGAAUAAUGAAAAAUGCGUUCCAACGGUAUCAAGUUCAAGUAAGGAACAAAAAGUUUUACGUUCCAGCAAUACAUUGAACUUGUUAUCAGUCGUUCAAGACUAGCAAAAAUGUUUUCGAGAACUUUCGGCUUCGCGUCUUCAUCAGGUUUACUGUUACAAUUAUUCGCUCGCAAUGUUUGAUAGCUUGAUAUUAAACAAAAGAAAAUUGAGCAUAUACAUGAGAUACUCCGUUUAAUUUUGUUAUUUGUAGAUAAUCCCCAUUAGAGAGUUUUUGUUAAUAUUAGAUAAAAUUAUACUAUGAAUGUUAACUGUCUUAAUAUUUUUCAAUAAAAUAUAAAAGCACA